UCAAGCCCCUCUGCGGCCGUGCUGGGUACUGUGGCCGGGCUGGAAUGGCGGUGAUUGUGACGCAGGGGCUCCGCGUUCUGCAGAACCUCGGGCGCGGCGCGAUCGUGUCGCCGCGGGAAGUCCGCGACUGGCGGCGCUGCGCAAGAAGGUAUUUACUUUCAGACAAUGUUGUACGUUUGUUGGAGUUCCAACAGAAGAAGGUGGCACUUGCAAAUCAGAUGUUUAUUAGUAGAGAUCAAUAUUUCAAAUCUAUUGAGGAAAAAUUAAAAAAGAAUGAGUUAAUCCUCAAGGAUGAUUUAAAAACGUUGUUACAUUUGUGCCAAAUGCCAGCGGAUGUAGAAGUAGCAAAGGAUGUAAUUUACAGAUACCAUGCUGAAAACAAAAACAUGGCCUUUGGAGAAUUUAAGUUUGGACCUCUGUUUGUAAGACUGUGUUAUGAAUUGGGCCUUGAAGAAACAGCAGAAGCGAUGGUGAAAGACCAGAAUCUGAAGGGUUUCUUCAAUGAUUCAACUUCAUUCAACAUUUUGAUGGAUAUGCUGUUCAUGAAGGAAAGCUAUGAGCGUGCUCUGGGAGUCCUAUUGGAAAUGAAAAAUCAAGGAAUAAAAUUUAAUAAAGACACUUACACACUGGCAUUUGCUGUCUGUUACAAGCUGAAUACCAUUGAGUCAUACAGGAUCUGCACUGUGUUGUUGGAAGAAUCAUUGACAAGAGGCAGUUACAUCCCCCGUCAUGCAUACUGCUUUGCAGUAGCACUUGCAAUCAAACAGAAUGAUAUUGAAAAUGCUCGGUCAAUCUAUUCACGGAUUAUACACACAGCCAGCAACAUUUGUCAUAAUCUUCAUGUCUUUCUACUGGCUUUGUCAGGAGAACAACAGAACCUGAUCUCUGUAUUGGAGGCAGCACUUGGCAGCAGUGUCUCAAAAUUUGGUGAAGAAGGUAAUCUUUUUCACAAGAAGUGAUGGCUGUAGUGAAAGAAACCGUGGAGAACAACUCAGAGCUUCAAAGCCAGUACGAGGAUAUCUAUGGAAUACUGGAAAAUUCUGGACAAAUCACAGCACUGAGUCUCGACGACAUGCUCUGCCACACACCAGUUGGAAAGAAACCUCUUAACCCUUUGCUAGAUCAAAGGAAAAUUAGCCGACGGACUUUCAAACCUCUGAGGUCAGCCUUGCUGUCUGAGUAACUUGACUGGACUAUGCAUCCUUGGACAUGUGCAUCCCUACAUCUUUUGUAAAUUAGUGGUUUCUAUCCACUCACCUGAAAGAACUGUUUUUAAAGAUUUGGUUCAAUGCAACACUAAACAAUAUAAAACAUACAUGAAAGGUGAUGAGCAUUUUUUUAAGAUUGUAAUUGUUACCUUAACUGGAAAUAGUUGUGCUUUCAUUUAUGAGAAGGUUGCAAAUGAAUAUUUUACCUUGGAUAAGAUGGGGGAGGAAAAGCAAUAUCCAAACUUAUUGCCUUUCUAUUUGUACACCCUGCAAAUAAUUGAGAAUAUUUUACCACAUUUUAUUAAUGAGAAGCUGAUAAUUCAUCACAUGCUCUGGUUCAGUUUAAAUCAGAAGCCAUACACUUGUCCAAAAGCACAAUGAAAUUCCAGCUGAUUCGUCACCAACCAUGCUUUUUUGAAUAUUGUGAAGUUAUAACAAUGCUGACAGUUGUCUUUAUUGUAGCUAGAACAAAGCUGAGCCUCCUUUACUUGAAGGGAUACUUCAUAAAUGGUGAAAGUAGUAGUAGUUUUGUUUUAGAAUAUUUUCCUGGCUUUCAACAGGUUUGGAACACUUGUCUCCUGCUACCUUCCUGCUUUGAUUGAAACAAAUGAUAUUUCUUGGUCAUGAAAGUGAAGUAUUGGGGAAACAUUCCAUAGGUUGUGUGUAAUCAGUGGAGAGAGAAAGAGACAGCUUUUGGUUGAGUCAUGUUUCCUUAUCACCAGUUGGUGAGGUAUAAUUUUAGCUAUUCUUUCUUAAAAGUGAGCAAAAAUGUUGAUGUAAGUAUAAACCGGAAAUGAGCCUCUUCUACCUCAUCCAACAUAUUUGUUACAAUUAAUAAGCUUAAGGAGAUAUCCCCAUUUUCCUUUGACUAACAAUACAUUGUCUCGAUGGGUAAUAUUUUUCAAACUACAACUUACAGUUGGUUAUGUCAUUUAUCCAAAUUGGUGGAAUUCAACAUAUUGAUCCUUCUGAGUCAUUAAAAGUCCUCUGUCAAAUAGUGUGAUUAAUUUAACCAAGUCGUACAGUAACAAUUUCUGCAGUGUUUAUAAAUACGCAAUAAAAUAUUGCAGUAUCCUCUGCACAUGCAGUCAUCCUUUGUAUUUUGAUUGCUGGUCCUUGUGUGAAACUGAAAUAAAAUGAAUACUGCAUGUUUUAAAAGGAAACUGAAUUUUGUAAUCUAGUGAAGAAAGACCAUUUAGAUUUUGUUUUCAAGUAUAAAAACUUUUUUUUGUUUCUUUUCAAACAAAUGCAGUACAAAUAUGAUGGAUUAAGCAAGUAUAAAUUAUGUAUGGACAAUAUGCUGGCCCUGAGAGAACAGCUUUUACGUUUAAAAAAAAAUCUUUAUUUGGCUUGUAAGAUGCUCUCUAAUUAGACCAAUUUUUCAAAUUGCUAUUUUCUUGUUUUGUUGUGUCCACCUUCACAUACCACUGAACAAUAAAUUGAAGGGUCAG